UCACGCGCGCGUUUAUUCUUGUACUCUCGGGUUUUAUUUCGUGCGUAAACAUUACAAACUUUUGUGUUUUCUUGAACACUUCAAACUAUCAUUGUGUUGUAUCUAUAUGUGGUUUAAAAAGUAAUAUUUGACUGACAAGUGUGUUAAUAAAUAUUGAAAAGAAAUGUUUGUUCGAUCGUGAGUUUUAGAUAAAUAGUUAAGAGUUUUGAAGCAAAAUCUUUGAGUUUUUCUGUGUAGUGUGAUGUUAGGUACUUAGGAUGCGGUGGCGUGGUCUUUGGCUGGCACUGCUGGUGGCGGCUGUCACCGCCAAAGGAAAGAAACACCGCCAUCACAAACCUGGUCGUGCCCUCUUGGACCGUCUGUCGAGUACGACAGUGAGUGAGGUAGUCUCCGCAGCAGGCAGUGGCUUGGUGCCGGCGCCGCUGGACGUGGCACCCUACUCCAACCUGGUGGCCAACGCCACCUGUGGUCACGCAGGCACCGAAGAGUACUGCCGCGACACACCAGGAAAGCGUGGUGUGGUGUGCGACGUGUGUGAGGGUGAGGGUGGGUCUGCGUGGCGGCGGCACCCGGCUGCGCACGCGCACGACAACGACCCCGCCACCUGGUGGCAGAGCCCUACAUUUGCGGCGGGUGACUACCAGCACGUCGAGCUGGUCUCCACUCUGCCAGAUAAAAUGGAACUGCUGCACGUGAUUAUCAAGUCAGGGCCGUCCCCGCGACCCCUCGCCUGGUCGCUGGAGGUCUCACCUUCCGAGGAUGGAGACGACUGGAGGAUGAUCAGAGCAUUUGGAGACAGGGACCACUGUCGUAAGCUCUGGGACCUUAGGCCUGAGAGAAGACGUCGGAAGGCCAGAGCAGCGAAGAGAACGAGUAGGGCUGAUAAACCUGCCUGUUCUACGCAGUUUGCUAGUCCGAGGCCGCUUGAAAAUGGAGAGAUGCAUGUCGGUGUGGGAGAAGGCGUGGUUGCGCGUCGUGUGCGUUUGUCAUUCCGCGCUGCGCACGCGUCGUCCGCGAAACAACAGUACUACACGGUGCGCGCGCUCACUAUCGCUGCGCGGUGUCUGUGCCAUGGACACGCCACUAAAUGUGAAGUAAAUGCUCAGGGUGCAAAAUGUGAAUGUGAGCACGGUACCUGCGGGGCUCACUGCCAGCGGUGCUGCUCCGGAGGGUCCUGGUCUCCUCACGAACCGUGUGAUGAUGGAGAGGAGAAGCCUGAGUGUUCCUGUGGCGAGCGUGGGGCCUGUUCCUAUGAUGAUACAGGCGCCAUACUUUGUGUUAAUUGCACGGAGAAUCGAGCGGGACCCUUGUGUGACAGGUGUCUGUUCGGGUAUUACAACGCUCUGCCUGAUGGACCCUGUGUGCCGUGUGGCUGUGACCCUCAGGGCUCUGAUGGAUCUUGCAGAUGGGAUAAGAAACAAAGGCAGGUGACCUGCAGCUGUCUGCCAGGGUUCACAGGUUCACUGUGUGACUCCUGUGAGGAUCCUACGGCACAAUUCCCAGAUUGUCAGACCCCAGUGACCCCCGCCUGCAAGUGUGACCCCCGCGGUAUUGUGGACCCCGACCGAGUCUGUGAUGAAGUCUGUGAGUGUAAGAGCAACGUGGUAGGUGAGCGAUGUGACGCGUGUGCCCCGGGCCACUUCGGUCUGUUGGCUGAGUGGCCGACUGGCUGCAAGCCCUGCUACUGCUCACAUGUCACCGACACCUGCACCCUCGCCGCGUCUGACGACCUGGAGCCACCGAGAGAUGUUAUACUGCCUCUCGGUGAAGCGUGGCUGAUCACCGACACUCAGGGAAAUGAAACGCUAGAGCCAUCUGUCGACGAGCAAGGGAAACCGUUUGUCAUAAGUUAUGAGGUAGAAGGGUGGGAGUAUUUCUAUUGGAUGACGAACUCCUUCAACGGGGACCAGUUGGCUGCUUAUGGUGGCGAAGUCCUGGCUUCCAUGUACUGGGGCAUAGUGCGAGGAGACACUGGAGGAAACCCCACCUUUGGACCUGACGUCAUACUCAUUGGGACAGAUGGCACUAUGUUAGCAUACUCCAACACUAGCCACGAGACUCCUGGCAACCUGCAGAUCUCCGUACCACUGCUGGAAGGGAACUGGCGCGUGGUGGAAGAUGACCAGGUGGCUUCCAGAACACAGUUGAUGGAUGUACUGCGAGACAUGAAGGGUAUCAUGUUGAAGGCACAUUACCACUUUGAUCAAGAUGAGGUCCGCCUGGAGCGCGCGGGCGUGCGUGGCGGCGCGGGGCCGCGCGAGGUGUGCGCGUGCCCGCGCGGGCACGGCGGGCCGCAGUGCGCGCGCUGUGCGUGGGGCCACUCGCGCGUGCCGCACUACCAGUGCCUGCCGUGCGCCUGCAACCUACACGCUGCAUGCGACACCGUGAAUGGACCUUGUGGACCGUGCCAGCACAACACCACGGGUCCGCACUGCGAGCGAUGUCUGCCCGGACAUUACGGGAACCCUGUCCAAGGAGCGUGCAAGCCGUGCGCGUGUCCAUUAUUUGAGGCGAGCAACAACUUCAGCCCCAACUGUGCGCUGGCCAGUGCCGAGGGAGACGAGUACGUCUGUACACAGUGUCCUGACGGGUAUACUGGUGACCACUGCGAGAAUUGUGACUUCGGGUAUUGGGGUUCCCCAACGACCCCUGGUGGUACCUGCCAGGCGUGUGAGUGCGGGGGCUCGCCCUGCCACCCCGCCACGGGCCGCUGUCUCACCUGUCCGCCGCAUACUGAGGGCGCGCGGUGUGAUCUCUGCAAGGAAGGCUAUUGGUUCGGUGGCGAGUCGAGCAGUGCAACGAGUGCAGGGUGCGUGGCGUGCGCGUGCGGUGCGGGCGCGCUGUCGGCUGCGUGCGACGCGCGCACCGGACACUGCGCCUGUAGACCCGGCUGGACCGGCCGCGCCUGUGAUACUUGUGUGCAGGGAUACGGGGGUGUAUCGGCGGGUUGCCCGGCAUGUCGCUGCGGCAGGGCGGCGCUGAACGCGACGUGUGACGUGGUGUCGGGGGACUGCGCCUGCGCACCCGGCGCCGCGCCCCCUACUUGCGACACGUGUCUGGAUGAACACUACGGUUUAGAUAGUACGGGGUGCAAAGGGUGCAACUGUUCAUCGAUCGGUUCGGAGAGCAACGUGUGCGACAUUCGCACGGGGCAGUGCCGUUGCAAGCAACACGUUACGGGCAGAGCUUGUGAAACAUGUGAGGAGGGCUAUUGGGGUCUACACCUAGGCGGGUGUCGACGCUGCGCGUGCGGCCCCGGCGCGUCAGCUUGCGACCCGGAGACAGGAGCCUGCGCCUGCGCAGAGGGUGUUGGUGGUGCUCACUGCGACACCUGUCUCCCUGGCUACUACGGUUUCGGACCUACUGGAUGUCUACCGUGUCCAGAAUGCACAGACGGAAAGGUAUGCUCCCCGCACAGUGGGCGGUGUGUGUGCCCGGCGGGGUCCAUGGGCGCGGGCUGCAGGCAGUGUGCCCGCGGGUACUGGGCCGUGGGCAACACUUGCAGGCCUUGCAACUGUGGCGCGGGCGCAGUCUCUAACACAUGCGACCCUCAGUCCGGUCAGUGUAAGUGCCGCGCGGGCUGGGAAGGACCCACGUGCGAGCAGUGCGCGCGCGGCCACUACGGAGCCAAGUGUCGGCCCUGCCAGUGUGAUACUGCAGGCUCUAGAGACUGCGAGGACGGGCUCUGUCCUUGCGACGAGUGGGGACGGUGUUCUUGUAAGGAAAAUGUAGUAGGCGAGAAGUGUUCGGAAUGCCUGGAGGGUACGUUCGGUCUGUCAGCACAGAACCCAGUGGGCUGCACGGCGUGCUUCUGCUUCGGGCGCGCGGCGCAGUGUCGGCAGGCACAGCUCGCGCGCGCUGCGCUGCACGCUGCCGCACCACUGCAUGUCACGCUGCAGAGACCGCCGCAUGAUGUCAUUACUACCAUGGACCAGGACUCCCUCCUAGCCAUCCACACUCACACAGCGGACGCCACAAUUUCCCUCCCCUGGCCCCCUGUCCCUGUCUACGUAGAACUAGACAAACGCUUCGUAGGGGACCGAGUGACCUCCUACGGCGGGUCCCUGAGGUUCCGCGUGGAAGAGGAGGGAGGGGUCGAGCUGAGUAAGGAGGUGCUGGACCGGUUCCCUCUCGUGAGGCUGUACAGUAAGAACAUCGUGCUUGAUUAUUUCGAGCUUGAUCCAGCAAUAAAUGGGUCCCACGUGGUGCGUCUCCACGAGUCACUGUGGUCGGUCCGCGGCGGGGGCCGUACUCUGGGCCCCCGCGGCUCCCGGGCCGCGCUAAUGUUGGCGCUGCGUCGCGUGGACAGACUGCUCGUACGGGUCACUACCAGGGCACCCACACACACUGAGCAUGUACAUGCAUUGCUCCUCAACGUAUCAUUAGACACGGCAAUUCCCGGCUUAAGUCGGUCCGAACCAGCAUUAGGUGUGGAACUAUGUGACUGUCCCCGCGGGUACUCUGCCAGCUCAUGCCAGACUCCUGCCAUCGGGUUCUGGAUGCCUCCAUCCACAGUGCACAUGUCGACGGUGGCCGGUACCAUCGUCAUCAAACUGGAUGAGGAAGCUCAGCCUUGCAUCUGCAAUGGCAGGGCCACUGAGUGCCAUCCUGAUACUGGAGAGUGUCUGAACUGCACAGGUGGUACAGGCGGGCCCCGGUGUGCGGAGUGCGCGGCUGGCCACUAUGGGUCCCCAGGGGCCCCCGGUGGCUGCCAGCCCUGUCCCUGCCCCGAGCGCGCCAGGAACUUCGCAGACUCCUGCGUCAUGCAUGAUGGCAAACUACAGUGUCUCUGUAAACCUGGCUACACAGGUCCGGAGUGCGAGCUAUGUGCAGCAGGGUGGCGGCGUGAGGGCGAUGUGUCGGGCCCCUGUGUAGCGUGUGCAUGCGACCCGGCCGGCAGUCUGGGCCCCACCUGCGACCACUGGGGCCGCUGCCACUGCAGAGACUUCGCCACCGGACCACGCUGCGAUCAGUGCAGACCGCCCAGGACUUACAUGGAUGAUAAUGGAUGCAGACCGUGCGACAACUGCACCCAAACUCUCCUAGACUCAGUCGAGACGCUAACAGCAGAACUACGUACCAAAGCAGAUCCAAGGGAACUGAGUCGUAUACCGAAACCAUUCGCCGCAGUACGAGAGUUCUCACACAACGCCACUGUACUUAGAUCUAGUCUCGAACACUUAAGGAAUAAUUUAGUACAUUCGAAAAACUUAGAAAACAUAUUAGGAGACCUAGAAAAUGCUGAACAUAGAAUCUUCACGGAAGCGAAUACUUUGAAGACUGAAGCUCAAAGAAGAGAGAAGGAUGCUGACUACUUGAGUCUGGAGAGUAUGUCUGCUUUGGAGGAAGUAUUAAAAGUCAGAAGGAAAGUCAGCGAGUUAGUGGCAGUGUUAGAUGAGUUCGCGAGAGGAGAGAAACAUCUGAGUGCUCAUAGGGCGAUAAAGGAGGCACGCCAUCUACUGCGACAGAUCAAGGAUAUCAAGUUUAUUGACUACGUGACCGGCGCCAAUGAUGUGUUUGAUUCUGCACAUCUCCAAUCAACGGCAGUACAGGAGAGGAAUUAUAGACUUGAAGACACAUACAGACGGCUGGCGAGGCUGAGAUCUUCACUAGAUACCUGGGAGAUGAAGGCCGCAGAGCUGCAGACGCUGGCGGAGACUGUGUGGAGAGCUGAUGAUACUGUCGCCGCGCUCAAGGUGCAAGUACGACCACGAUUGGCUGCACUCAGGGAUCUGGGGCUGCGGUGCCGACUUGUGCUAGAGGACAUCACAAUAUUAUCAGCGCACAACAUAACGGACGAGAUUCGGAGCUCGUUACUCCAGGGUCAGACUCUGGGUAUCAGGUUCCCAGCAUUAAUAUCAGAGCUGGCGGUGCUGACCCAGGCUGCGGAGGAGAAGGAGGGCAUACUUUACAACCUCACUCCCGUGUACAAGCAGAAGUACUUGGAUGCCGUGGAGAAACAUGUUGCUGAGUUGGGAAUCAAAGCUAAAGAGUAUAAAAGGUUAUUCGCGGGCAGUCGUGCGGCAGCCUCGCUGGGAGUAUCAGCAGCACAGGCUUGGUCCCAGGUGGCGGCGCUGGUCCACGAGGCAGCGCUGCAGGCGGAGGAGGCGGGCCGCGCGGCCGGGGCGGCCGCCGCCAAGGUACACGGCAGCGUGUCGCUGGCGCAGUCUGCUGCUACUGGACGACAGACAUCGGAAGACUUAAAGGCACGAGGACAACAAGUGCUCGCUAAGGCUGAUGAGUUAAGAAACCAACUAGAACAUCUGCGCCGCGGAGCUGACGUAGUGAGCGUUGUAUUGAGAGGUCUCGGAUGGCAGGAGAGGGAGCUCAGUGGCCGACCCAAGGCCAACGUGCAGGAGAUCCUUCAGGCAGCCAACGAGCAGGCAGACAGGGUGUUCACCAGCACCAGGGUACUGUACGAUGAGGCCAGUGAGCUCCGGAGGAGGGUCAGAUACCAUUUGAGAAGACAGCUCACUGAGUUACAGAGACAUGGAGAUACCGCACUAGGAGCUGCGCAAGAGCAUGAUCUCAGUAUCCCUAACAUCAGUCCCGGGCGCGGGCGUAGGCUGCUCACGCGCAUACAGUGUGACGUCAGCGUCCCCCGCCGUCACUCGCCUGGCACUCGCUCUGUCAUUCGACAACAAGGUCAGGGACGGACCUCUACUGUAUCUCGGAGAUGAUACACAGAAUACGGAGCGUUACAUGAAGUUAUCAGUAUUGAACAGCAAGCUGCACCUGUCGUGGCAGCUGGGGGGCGGGGAGGGGGAGC